AUGAUUGCAAAAGCACUAUUGACAGUGGCUAAAUUAGGAAAUGUUGAGUUUUUGUUUAAGGUAUCAACAGCAAAUCCAGAAUUAAUCUCAAUGGUCACUUUUUCUCAACGAAAGGGGCAUGCUUUCUUCAAUGCUGUUGAAUAUCAUCAAGCUGAGAUUUUUAGCCUUCUCCGUGGGUUUCACUUUAGGAAUGUGCUAGCAGCAAUGUUCAAUGAGAAUCAUGAUAACUUGCUGCACACAGCAGCCAAGUUGGCUCCUGCUUCCCAACUUAACCACAUCCCUGUUCCCACCUACUUGGACCUAACGGCAGUAGAGAGUGUGGUGAAUCCUAGAAUUGAGCUUCGUCUAAACAAAGAAGGGUUGACUCCUCUGGACUAUUUCAAAAAGAAUCACAAAGAACUCAGGAAUGAAGGAGAGAAAUGGAUGAAAGAUACUGCAUCUUCUUGCUCAGUUGUUGGUGCUUUAAUCGUUACCAUUGUGUUUGCCACAGCUUUUAUUGUUCUAGGUGGAAACGAUCAAGCAUCUGGGUAUCCAAUAUUUUUGAAGGACAGGAAUCCUCACGUCACGCUAUGCAGAAGAACACUUCCUUUAUUCCUUACCCACAAAAUUGAUCAUAGGCCUUUCUACGCUUUUUCUCUCAAUUGCAACUAUGCUGGUAGCCCUUUCCGCAACAAUAAUCAUCAUGGUGCAACAUAA